AGCUUUUCUGUUUUUCUAUUUGUAGGGAAUGAUUUGGCGGAAGCUAGUGAAGAGCGUUCAGCGUUGCUUGGCGACAUAGGGGAAACUACCUAGGCCAAGGCGGGGAUCUGGGUGUGCCAGUCUUUAGACGUCGCUGGGACAGGGAGGGGAAAAAGGCGGGGAAAAGGGAAGAAGGCCCUGCAUGAGAGUUUUCUGUAGCAUUUUCAGACUACUUGUUAAACCCAAGAAAGAGCUGCAGAAAUGGUGACUACAGACAUCAGCCAGUGGGAUGAAACCAUUUGCAAUAUGGUUGCUUGCCAACACCCGCCAUGCUGGGAAGCGAUGCGGAGGAUUGAAAAGGGGCACCCACGGAUCAUUCUAAAAAAACUUAACUCACUUGAGACCCCUUUUACAGAAACAGAAGAUGAACUGCCAACACUGAAAAUUUUCAACCUCCCACUCAAUUAUUCUUAUAGAAGAAGGAUCAAGCAAGCUAAAAGUUCCACCUCCAUCAUCAGCAUCAAUGAUAGUAACUAUUCUACAAGUCCAACGAUGAUUGAGGCGUUUGUCCCCCCUAUAUCUGAACUAAGUUUUGAAAGAAAUCACUUCCCAGGGCUGAAUUCUAGGGUGGAAUCUCACAGUCCCCACUACACACCAAUAAGUUUCACCUCUUUAAGACAAGUUGAAAAAUUACAGGUGACAGAUCUCAGUGAUCUUGCUGCAUCCAAACUGGGUUACCAGCCUGCCUAUGGGAACUUGAUCGUGAGGUGGAUCCCAGAUAUACGGCAUAAAUUAUUGCAGAGCAAAAGACCAUCCACGAGAAUACGGACUCCUACACAACGGAUGUGUGUGAAAGACCUUGCUUUGGAAAGCCUCCUGUCUUUUAAGAACAGCAAUGAGACUCAUUGCCCUAAUCUUCAGAAAAGCAAAAAGUCAAAUAAAGUCCCAACAGGAGGCCAGCCUUACCUCUUGCACCUAAGAAGGAACCUAAAGAUUCCUGCCAAUAAACCAAGUAGUCCUACAGACAAAGAAAGGAAAGCUGUGGCAAGGCCUCCUGGAAAGAGGAAGUUCUUCCCACAGCACCUGCAGCUUUCUCCUUUAGCAGACGUGCAGAAGAAGAAUGCUGUCCAUCUGGAGAACAAGAAAAGAGUGUUUUCAGGCAGCAAAGAAUUCCCACUUAUUGUGCAGAAGGUUCCUGUGAAAGAAAGAGGCCUAGGAAGAAUCCAAAGCCAACUCCAGGUUCCUUUACAAGGCUCUGGGAUUCCAAAGCACCUUAUAUCAUCCCUAGCACAGCAGGUGAACAGGACUACUUUCACUUUCCAGACUUCAGUGGCCUCUGAUCAAAGGAGUGAAGGAGGAAGGUUACUUUGCCAAACCUGUCAGCUCCAGGAAUCAUCAGCAGAGAAGGCACAGCUGCCAGAGUGUAGCCCUCAGACAUCACAAGUGGCCAUUAAUAGAAGGAAGGCUUCUUCGAAGUUUGUGGAGUACAAAAGCAACAGAGCAAGUCUGUUCAUGGUGGGUUAUGACAACAGUGUUCACCAAAUGUCAAAGAGUGAGUCCAUGUACAAGCAGUACUGCAAGCAGAUCGCAAUCCGAAAAGAGGCUGCACUACUUCAGGGUGAUCCCUCAACUGACAGCAGUGAGCUGUGGCUCAGGGAAGCAGCUAAGAAAUCUGUGGAGAAUCUCCAGUCCCCUAACCCUCCUCCCCCUCCCCCCUCUCCCCUCAUCUCUGAGUGCAGCGACAACCCUUUACAAGAUCUUACUUAAAUCUGAAAGGGUGUGCAGGCAUCUGUUGCACACAUGGCAGCCUGCUCCAAAGACAAUUACUUCUUUUUGUAUAAAGGAGGUUGGAUGCUCUUAGGCUUAAAAUCAUUAAAAUCCCACAUCUUCAGUUUUA